UUAAUUAAAGGGGGACUAGCACGAAAAUUGGUCAAAUUUUCAAAACUCUUCAAAAAGUCGCUCUUAUGAUUAAUAUUACUUACAUAAAUAUUUCCUGAGCAUUUUUUUUACAUAUUCCCGCAAGAAGUCCGUUAAAUUUUCGUUUUUCUUCGUGGCCGCCAUUAAUCAGUUGUCGCUUCUCUGUUCUCUCGGGGGAGUCUGGGUCGAGCGGAUAUGACGUCACUUACUCAACCCAAACAAACCAACGUGAGAAAUUUGCUAAGGAAAUACAUGUGAAGUACGGGUAGCGCGCCGGUAAUUCGGAGCUUUAUCUGUAAUUAUUUCCUCAAAAAUUAAAAACUAUUAAGAAUGCCAUCUAAUCGUUGUGUGGUUCAGGGAUGCAGUAAUAAAUCUGAUCCAAAAAAUGGCAUUUCAGUGCAUUCUUCGCCGAUUAACAAGCUGGAACGCGCGAAGUGGAAGCGUUUUGUCACGACGCACCGCAUUAACUUCGAGCCUGAAAAUCGUUUCACUGUGUGCUCUGAGCAUUUUGAGGAUAGCUGCUUUGAAAGAGCAGUGCAUGUUGAAGACUCAAAGAGAAUACUAAAGCCGGGAUCUGUACCAACUCUUUGGAAGCCCGAAAUCAACAGUCAGGACGAACUUAUCAGUGACAGAAGCCGCCGACAGAUAAUACGAGACAUGGCAAUCAACAAGUCGACGAACGAUGAUUCAAAUACGAUYGAUAAUGCGACUGGAGAUACGACUGAAAAUACGAUGAUUCAGAUAAAUGUUUCGGAAAAUGACGAGGUUAUCGACGAGUCUGGUGACAGUGUUAAUAUCUUAGUAAUGGAUACUGUGGAAUCAUCUGUGAAAGUGGAAAUCCCAGGUACUUCCACCUGCAACGAAGAUUUCCAAGAACAAACCCUGGAAAAA